AUGUCUUCUCAAAUCUCGCCUUAUGAGAAGGUGCACACAGGUCUAUGGACGGACUGGACUCACGGGCGCGCCCAAGGGUUGACACUCACCGUGACAACGUCUCAAGGAGCAUACCUGAUUGCCUUCCUUGCCAUCUUCGUCCGGCUAGCUGGGAGUCACUUAUGGGACUUACUAUGCUACGCAUGGUUUCAUGCGCGACAGACGACAGGCCCACGCGAUGGACUCUAUCAUCAACAACAGGCGCUCCUUCGCAACAAUCUCUCUGACAAUCGAGCUAUUUGGCAGUUCUCCGCUGCUGGCUAUGCAUGGCGUAACAAGGUCCCAGGAUCGAUUCGAAGAACAAUACCCUUUCUAUCCACGGCGCUCAUUUACUUCCUUUCCUUCUCCGCAGCGGGCAUCUUCUCCUCAAAUGUCGCCAGUGUUCAGUCCACCGUUCUCAUCAGUGGCCCGGUGUGUGGAGAGCUCCCUGACGUCCAGGUAUUCAACGUGAGCGGUAUGAUCAAGCAGGCUUUUGUCUCUACAUGGCGAUUGAGUGCCUGGAAGAAUGCCCAGAUCUCUUCAAGCAGUUGUCAUGCAUACAACACCACCGGACCGCAACAAUAUUUCCAGGACUGCAAGGCCUGGGGCCGCCAAUUCGUUCCGUGGAAUGUGACUGCUGGUCUUGAAUGCCCUUUCGCGAACGAAAUGUGCCGAGAUGGACUUACGGUUCAAGUCGAGACACCAUUCAUCGAUUCCCACUUGCAUUUGGGCAUCAACGCGCCAGCAAAAGAUCGGAUACAAAUGCGCAAUGUCAUGCGAUGCACCCCGGUGACCAUCGACGGGUUCAAGUCCGACAUGUUGACUUGGAACGAAACCACCUUGAGUAAUGAGUACUACGAACCGGAAACAGCCCCUGUCCAGGGGUAUUUGGGGUAUUCAUAUGGUGAAGAAACGACACUAGGUUCGAACUAUACCUUUAUAUACUACAACACAAGCUUUGGUGCUGCACUUGGAAACCUGCAAGCUCCAUCCUACAUGAUGGACGUUGAGUUCGCCGACGCCACUGAUAUCAAUCCCGGAACAUUUGAUCCCAUUCCGCAACUCAAUCGAACAGAUGCGGAUGUCGCUUUAUGGUUUAUUAUGCAAGAUCAGCUGGCUUUCGUGACCCGUGUUGACGAUCCCAUCUUCCAAGCGGAUGUCUCAGUGGUCGAAGAGGUCAUCACGAGUGAUGGAGAUCUCAUAAACAUGACGUACUGGACACCCUCAGAACCACUCACCGUCCUCGGUUGUGCGCAACAGUGGCAGUGGUGCAAUGGUGAACAUCACUGCACUCCAUUGGCGGGAAUAGUAGAUCAAGACAUUAGCAGUCUCAAUUACAGUGCCCGACAACAGUCUCUGUUCGACCGAAUUCAGUACACCGUCCAAGGUGCAAACAUGAAUCUCAUGACUGUUGGGCUCGGGAACGAUGCUCUCCUUGCGUCGACGGCUUCCGGAUGGGGCAUGGCAGGUUCGUCGUUGCCCAACGAUCAAUGGAUGCGGGAAGUCGACCAUUGGUACAGCAUGUUCUGGAACAGUGUGCAGCAAUUCACCGCACAGUAUUCCGUCGGAGAUGGGGUUGCGGACCAGGAUAAAUACCGAGUACCACCAAGCGAGGAGGACAAGUGGAUGUGCGGUGCUCAGAUGGUACAAAGAAGUGACUAUUCGUCCUUCAACAUGCUCGGCGGCCUGCUGAUACUUGUUCUCGGCGCAUUCUUCGUUCUCUUGAAUACAGCCUUGGACCCGAUGAUCCAGUGGUUCCGCCGCAGACGAGCACGCAAAGCCGGUGUGCCCUGGCUAUCGGUCUGGCGCAGACAUCACCUGCUUCAAAUCGAAAGCGCUGCUUUCUCGGAAGCAGGCCUGGGUACGUGGUCGCAUGAUUCACUUGUACCCACGUCAACAGACGCAGGUUCCUUCAGUUCGCCACUCGCGCAACAACAAUAUAUGAAGCUUGAUGCAAGCAGUUCACAAAAUUCCGGUUCUGUGUAUCAGGACAAAAUUGAUGCCAAGGGAGCAGGAGAAGAGACUAUCUCUUUACCUUCGCCUACUUCUCCGACUGCCACUUUGCGACAAGACAGCAUACAACAUACACGGCAGAGAUUAAAGCUGGAGGAUUGGGUUAAGCGUUGGAAUUUUCGCAAAGGUUGAGCUCGCUCUUGCAAGCAGAUGAGGAUCGUAGGAGUCUUGGGAACAAUA